GCAGCCAGACCCACAGGGUGCCUAGGCUGACGGUGCGAAGGGACAUUGCAGACGGGAGGGGGCGUGGCCUCUGGCGGCGCUGAUUUGCCGGUGGUGGGCGCGGUCAAACAGCACCAGGCUAUACAUUGUGGGGGGGGCGUAGAGGCGCGACAGCCCAAACCCGAGGCAGGCGCAGGACCGGUGCCGGGUAGCCGCGGAGCGCUCAGUUGCGCGUUCUCAGCCCGGCGGAGCCAUGUCUGAUCCAGCUCAGCAAUCUGCUCCUGGGCCCCCAGAAAGGGGUACUCUUGGUGGGGGUCCCCCUGGGCCUUCCCCCAACAUGACUAGUAACCUUCGGCUGCAGCAGUCCCAGGCCCAGAUGGAGGAGGUGGUGAGCAUAAUGAGUGUGAAUGUGGAGAAAGUACUGGAUCGAGACAUAAAGCUGACCGAGAUGGAUGGCAAGGCAGAGGCACUUGAGGCUGGUGCCUCAAUAUUUAAAACUAGUGCAGGAAAGCUAAAGAGGAAGUACUGGUGGAAGAACUGUAAGAUGAUGAUCAUGCUUGGAGUGAUCUGUGCCAUUGUGAUGGUGGCUAUUGUACUUUACUUCUGUACUUGAGAACGUGGCCCCUCAGUCUGCAGUCCACCUUCCCCUCUUCCUGUCUCCUUCCUUGCCCAUGCUCCCCGCUCCAUGUGGCUGCUUCAUCUUCAGUUCUUUUGUUGGUUUUGUUUUGUCUUCUGUGUAAGAUUCUGAAGCAACUCUCCUGGACCUAGGUUUAGCCCCUUCAAAACCUGCUGCAGCCCCAGGGAGGGCCAGCUCGUUUAGGGGGGAAGGGGAAGAUGUUGCUCCCAUUCUUAUGUUUAAGGGUAAUUUUUUUUUUUUUAAUCUGAAUUUGAGUGAGGCAUGGCUUAAAUGUCACCUUCAUCACAGCUGUACCUAAAGGGUGUACUUCAGCAAUGUGAGUUUCCUCAAAGCAGUUCCCUGGCUGUGAUGGGCCUAGAGAGCAGGAGGAGGACUCCAAUGUGACAUUGAUUAGAGUAGUGCCUCAACUUGGAGGAGAGCAUCUGGCCUCAGCUCUUGUGGAGUUUCCCUUUAACUGCUGAAGUCUAAACUAGUUAAUGGUGGUCACUUAGCCUUCAGCUCCCCACAAAUAGUGACGGGUUGUGCCUUGCUCAUGAUGUGGCAGCUCAGCUUCAUAGGAAUGCAACAGGAAGGGUUGGUGAUCCUUUCCUACACUGAAAGGACAAUAGCAAUGGUUAUAUCGGGGGUUGGUAUUCCUGUAACUGGUACAGACUUGUCAGGAUGUCACCCUGGUUAGCUACUGGCAUGCCCCUUACUCUGAGGAAGUCCAGGGUGUGGAGGGAACAGGACUGGUAGAGGGAGUGAAAAGGAAUUCUGGAUUUUUCUUGCUUCAUCAAGCUGUGUGCCUCUUUCUGUUGCAUGAAGGGAGACAUGGGUUGGGGGGGUCCCAGGUGUGGGGAGUCUCUGUUGCUUAAAUAGUCAGCUGGGCAACUGCAUCCUGUAUGUAUUUCUGGGCAAGUCCCCAUCUUCUGCUCUGUUCUUUCUCCAAAGCCUCAUUCUCUCAAGGAGUUACCAAAAAAAUGGUAGUAAAGUAGAGUUCUGCUGUGAGAGAGAGUUCAAGACAUUUUUCCAAAGCUGUCUAUUAGGCAACUCUUGGAUCUCAGCAAAUCUGCCUGGUUCACAAGCUUAAAACUCUCUCUGUUAAUGCUACAAAUUCUAGUUUAGACUUUUGAGUCCAGACUGGGCUCUCUCCAAGGUUUCUGUUAUCUAGUCCAGCUCUGGGAGGGUGGGGAGUUGAGAGCACAUGAAACUGUAUAACCUUCUGUGGGUAAGUCACUUCUCUUGUGUCUCCAUUUUCCCCAUCUGUGAAAAGAGCUACACAGCUCCUCUGAGUCCUUGAAGUGUUGUGGUGAAUUCUGUGGAUGAAAUGAGCUGCACAGUUUGUGCAAGUCCCUACAGAACCUCUUGUGAGUAUUUUGUUCUCAAACAGAACCACUGAAGGAAGAGUGUAGGGAGAGGGAGCAAUGCUCCCUGUAUCCUGCACCAAAAGGAAGGCUUCCUCAAUUCAGGGAGCCCUGGCUAUGAAUUAGAAUGCACUGGGACUUGUGUGCAGGGGCCAGUGAUGCUGGGAAGAGGGAUGCCAUCUGUGGGGCUUCAUGAGUGUAAGGUAGAUGGAAUGCUGGUAAAGGAAGAAAAGACUCUGUUGCGAUAGGACAUUCUGGGAAGGGUAUGGGUUUUGCUUGCUUACCUCCAUGAACCAGCAUUUCAUUUGCGCUGAGUCCAUAUCCCUGUAAUUCCCCCAUCCCUCCCCAUCUUGGGGAGGGCAAAACUGAAGAUCUGGAGUGAAGUGGUCCUUGUUAUCUGAGUGCUUCCCACUAUCCUCUGUUGAAUUGAGCUGUGGAGAUUGAUGAACAGAAGUACAUCUGCCGAAGAGGAGAUAGGGCCUAAUUGUGCUGAUGCCAUAAUUUGGGAGGAGGGCAAGCAAGAUGAUGCAGGGCUCCCAAGCCAGCAGGUAUUGCUCAAACUUUCCUGGACAAGCCCUCCCCAUCCCUCCUGUUCCUCUGGCACUGAGGCCUCUGGGCUGUUUCUUCCAUUUAUCUUUCUGUUGUGUUUUUUUUGUGCCCCUCUUUCUGGUUCUUCGUGUGUGGGCAAAAAAUAUUCCCCCAUCCCUGUUUUUCUGAGCCCAAAGCAAGGAACUUCCUUCCCUGUCCAUAUGGCUUCAGUGGGUGUUUCACGUGUGUGACUUGUGACUUUUCUCUAUAAACGCAACUGUAACCUUCUCCUUGGGCAUAUAUAGCACCCAGCUGAUGUACUUUGAACUCUCUCUGCUAAUAAACACAGUUCU